AUGGAAGAAGUCUGCGAAGGCAAAGACUUCGCCUUCCCAAAGCAAGAAGAAACCAUUCUCGAUUUCUGGUCCCGAAUCGACGCCUUCCACACACAGCUAUCUCUCACCAAAGACAAACCCGAGUACAUCUUCUACGACGGUCCUCCCUUCGCCACCGGUCUUCCUCACUACGGCCACAUUCUCGCCGGCACGAUCAAAGACAUCGUCACGCGCUACCAAUCCAUGACCGGACACCAUGUCACGCGCCGAUUUGGAUGGGAUUGUCAUGGUUUACCGGUCGAGAACGAGAUCGAUAAGAAGCUUGGGAUUAAGAAGCGGGAGGAUGUUCUUAAGCUUGGGAUUGGGGUUUAUAAUGAGGAGUGUAGGAGUAUUGUGACUAGGUAUGUUUCUGAGUGGGAGAAUGUUAUUACUAGGACUGGGAGGUGGAUUGAUUUCAAGAAUGAUUAUAAGACUAUGGAUCUUAACUUUAUGGAGUCUGUUUGGUGGGUUUUUUCUAAGCUUUAUGAGAAAAACCUUGUUUAUAAAGGUUUCAAGGUCAUGCCAUAUAGUACUGGCUGCAAAACUCCACUAUCUAAUUUUGAGGCUGGCCAGAAUUAUAAGGAUGUAUCUGACCCUGAAGUUUUCAUGACGUUUCCGUUGUUGGGCGAUCCAGAUGGUGCAUCUUUCGUGGCUUGGACCACAACGCCAUGGACUCUUCCUAGCAAUCUUGCUCUAUGCAUCAAUGCUAAUUUUACCUAUUUGAAGGUACGCAAUAAGUAUACUGGUAAAGUUUAUAUAGUUGCCGAAUCUCGUCUGUCUGUACUCCAUAAUCCAAAGGACAAGCCCAAAGAGGCUGUUGCUAAUAGUUCAGUUAGUGUCCCUAAAAAUGCAAAGAACAAGGGCACUUCAAGUGGCAAGGCUGAUAAUGUAUUAGAUUCUUUUGAUGUGCUUGAGAAAUUCACAGGGGCUUCAUUAGUGGGGAAGAGGUAUGAACCAUUGUUUGAUUACUUUAACGAGCUAUCUGAAACAGCUUUUAAAGUUGUUGCCGACAAUUAUGUAACUGAUGAUAGUGGUACUGGUGUUGUCCACUGUGCUGCUGCUUUUGGUGAAGAUGAUUUUCGAGUUUGCAUUGAGAAUAAAAUUAUUAGUAAGGAUAAACUUAUUGUAGCUGUUGAUGAUGAUGGCUGCUUUACUGAAAAAAUUACCGACUUUAGUGGGUGUUAUAUCAAACAAGCUGACAAGGAUAUCAUUGAAGCAGUGAAGGCAAAGGGUAGGCUGUUUAAAUCUGGAGCUUUUACCCAUUCUUAUCCUUUCUGUUGGAGAUCUGAUACUCCACUCAUUUACAGAGCUGUUCCAAGCUGGUUUGUUAGAGUGGAGUCGCUGAAAGAGAAAUUGUUGGAAAACAAUAAACAGACUUACUGGGUCCCUGAUUUUGUCAAGGAUAAACGAUUUCACAAUUGGCUGGAAAAUGCAAGAGAUUGGGCAAUUAGUCGAAGUAGAUUUUGGGGGACCCCUCUCCCUAUAUGGAUUAGUGAGGAUGAGAAAGAGAUAGUUGUCAUAGAUUCUGUUGCAAAACUUGAAAAGCUUUCAGGUGUAAAGGUGUCUGACCUUCAUCGGCACAACAUUGAUCAUAUUACAAUUCAAAGUGAAAGUGGCCGUGUGCUUCGACGUGUUGAUGAUGUUUUUGACUGCUGGUUUGAAAGUGGGUCCAUGCCUUAUGCGUAUAUUCAUUAUCCUUUUGAAAAUGUUGAGCUGUUUGAGAAGAAUUUUCCUGGCCAUUUUGUCGCUGAAGGGCUGGAUCAGACCCGUGGUUGGUUUUAUACCCUAAUGGUGCUAGCUACUGCAUUAUUUGGUAAGCCUGCCUUUAGGAAUCUAAUUUGCAAUGGACUUGUCCUGGCCGAAGAUGGAAAAAAGAUGAGCAAAAGCCUGAAAAACUAUCCUUCACCAAUGGAUGUUAUUAAUGAUUAUGGAGCGGAUGCCUUGCGUUUGUAUCUUAUAAACUCUCCUGUUGUGCGUGCUGAGCCACUUCGUUUCAAGAAGGAAGGAGUUUAUGGUGUUGUUAGAGAUGUUUUCCUUCCCUGGUAUAAUGCAUAUAGGUUCCUUGUUCAAAAUACAAAGAGGCUUGAGGUUGAGGGUCUAGCACCUUUUGUACUUCUUGAUCAGGCCACACUUCAGAAGUCAUCAAAUGUUCUUGAUCAGUGGAUCAACUCAGCCACACAGAGCCUUGUUCAUUUUGUUCGGCAAGAAAUGGAUGGUUACCGCCUUUAUACGGUGGUUCCGUAUCUUCUAAAGUUUCUUGAUAACCUUACAAAUAUAUAUGUACGGUUCAACCGUAAGAGACUGAAAGGUCGUACUGGUGAAGAAGACUGCAGGACAGCACUUUCAACUCUAUACAAUGUGCUUUUGUUAUCUUGUAAAGUGAUGGCUCCUUUUACACCUUUCUUCACUGAGGUACUCUAUCAAAAUAUGCGAAAAGCAUCUAAUGGAUCAGAGGAGAGCAUCCACUAUUGCAGUUUCCCUGAGGAAGAAGGCAAGGGGGGAGAGCGUAUUGAACAAAGUGUUUCAAGGAUGAUGACAAUAAUUGAUCUGGCUCGAAACAUUCGUGAGCGUCAUAACAAGCCUCUUAAGACACCACUCAGGGAGAUGGUCAUAGUGCAUCCUGAUGCAGACUUCCUUGAAGACAUUAAUGGAAAGUUGAAGGAGUAUGUACUUGAGGAACUCAAUAUACGAUCCCUUGUUCCAUGUAAUGAUACUUUAAAGUAUGCAGGCUUACGCGCCGAGCCUGACUUUAGUGUUUUAGGUAAGCGACUAGGAAAAUCUAUGGGCAUUGUUGCAAAAGAAGUCAAAGCAAUGUCACAGGAAAAGAUUUUGGCUUUUGAAAAGGCUGGAGAAGUUGUCAUUGCAAGUCACUGUUUGCAGCUGUCUGAUAUUAAGGUUCUCCGUGAUUUUAAACGUCCUGAUGGUAUGGCGGAUAAUGAGAUUGAUGCUGCUGGGGAUGGUGAUGUUUUAGUUAUAUUGGACUUGCGACCCGACGAGUCAUUGUUUGAGGCUGGUGCUGCUAGAGAGAUUGUUAACAGAAUUCAGAAGUUAAGAAAGAAAAUUGCUCUUGAACCAACUGACACAGUGGAGGUUUACUUUCAAUCAUUGGAUGAUGAUACAUCAAUCUCUCAGAGAGUUUUGCAUUCACAGGAAUCCUAUAUCAGAGAGGCUAUUGGUUCUCCAUUGCUUCAAUUUUCUUUGAUGCCUGCACAUGCAGUUAUCAUUGGUGAAGAGAGUUUCCAUGGAAUUUCGAGCAUGUCGUUUGCCAUCACCUUGGCGAGACCCAUGUCGAUGUUCAAUGAAAAAGCCAUUCUUUCACUAUUUUCAGGUGACUCCAAAUUUGCACACAAUUUGCAAAUUUACCUGCUAUCAAGAGAUCAUUCAAAUUUGAAGUCAGAGUUUCAGGAUGGAAAUGGAAAGAAAAUUGUAGACUCCAUUGAACAUCAACCUGCGGCCGAAGUGGUACUUGGUGAGCAUGUAUUUCUCACUGUAGGGGAUUACUAUGUUGCGGCAAAAUCUGUCUAA